AUGUUCGGAGAGAUAUUCUGCCACAUAGUUCCAUAUGCCCAGGGUACCAGCGUGUACACAUCCACUUUAACGCUGACGUCUAUUGCCAUCGAUCGGUUCUUCGUCAUCAUCUACCCGUUUCAGCCGAGGAUGACCAUAUGGACCACGGCGCAAAUAAUCGCCACCAUAUGGAUAUUCUCGUUGGUAGCCACACUACCAUACGGCAUUUACAUGGCGAACAAGGAGAUGUAUGGGAAAGAUUUUUGCGAGGAGACGUGGCCUCAAGAGACGUUCAGAAAGGUACCUAACUUUUCCAUUUUUCAACAACAAUAA